UCUGUUCUGUCAUUGUGGAGUUACUCUGGAGCUGGACAAAAGUUUUCUUUUAGUUAUAUUUUCCAAACACUGUCUAGAAUUGCCACACAUCAUAUAAACAUAUAAGGUGCCAACCAAGCUUUAACCUAGAGGAGGCUUUUCCUUUCAGGCUUUCAGUCAACUCACAAUUGUGCUGCAAAAUGCAUGCUGUCCCCUAAAUAUGCAGGCAGAAUUGUGUCUCUGCCUAUUUGGUGUUAUAGUCCUCUACAGUCACCUCUAGAGAGGCUAGGCCAGAUUUCUACAUACUUCACAGGGCAGCGAUUAACCAUUUUACCUCUUUAAAUGACUCUUGUAUCUUUAGACCAGAAGCUGAUUUCAGAGACCAUGGGGCCCAGAAACCCAGAGAUGGAGCCAUUGACAUUUAAAGAUGUGGCCAUAGAAUUCUCUCUGGAGGAGUGGCAAUGCCUGGAUACUGCACAGCGGGAUUUAUAUAGGAAUGUGUUGUUAGAGAACUACAGAAACCUGGUCUUUUUGGGUAUUGCUGUCUCUAAGCCAUAUCUGAUCACCUGUCUGGAGCAAAAAAAAGAGCCCUGGAAUAUAAAAAGACAUGAGAUGGUAGCCAGACCCCCAGUAAUGUCUUUUCAUUUUGCCCAAGACCUUUGGCCAGAGCAGAACAUAAAAGAUUCUUUCCAAAAAGUGACACUGAGAAGAUAUGGAAGAUGUGAAUAUGAGAAUUUACAGUUAAGAAAAGGCUAUAAACAUGUGGAUGAGUGUAUGGGGCACAAAGGAGGUCAUAAUACAGUUAAACAAUGUUUGACAGCUACCCCAAGCAAAAUAUUCCAAUGUAAUAAAUAUAUGAAAGUCUUUGAUAAAUUUUCAAAUUCAAGUAGAUAUAAGAGAAGACAUACAGGAAACAAACACUUCAAAUGUAAAGAAUGUGGCAAAUUAUUUUGCAUUCUUUCACAACUAACUCAGCAUAGAAGAAUUCAUACUAGAGUGAAUUCCUACAAAUGUGAAGAAUGUGGAAAAGCCUUUAACUGGUUCUCAACUCUUACUAAACAUAAGAGAAUUCAUACUGGAGAAAAACCCUACAUAUAUGAAGAAUGUGCCAAAGCCUUUAACCAGUCCUCACAACUUACUAGGCAUAAGAUAAUUCAUACUGAAGAGAAACCCAGCAAAUAUGAAGAAUGUGGCAAGGCCUUUAAACAGGCCUCACACCUUACUAUACAUAAAAUAAAUAAUACUGGAGAAAAAGCUUACAAAUGUGAAGAAUGUGACAAAGUCUUUAGCCAGUCCUCACACCUUACCACACAAAAGAUACUUCACACUGGCGAGAACCUCUAUAAAUGUGAAGAAUGUGGAAAAGCUUUUAACCUAUUCUCAAAUGUUACUAACCAUAAGAGAAUUCAUGCUGGGGAGAAACCCUUCAAAUGUAAAGAAUGUGGCAGAGGGUUUAACAUAUCCUCAAACCUUAAUAAACAGGAGAAAAUUCAUACUGGAGAGAAACCCGACAAAUGUGAAGAAUGUGGCAACCAGUCCUUAAAACUUACUGCAGAUAAGAAAAUUCUAAUGGAAGGGAAACCCUACAAAUGUGAAGAAUGUGGGAAAGUCUUUAACCAGUUCUCAACUCUUACUAGACAUAAGAUAAUUCAUACUGGAGAGAAACCCUACAAAUGUAAAGAAUGUGGCAAAGCUUUUAACCAAUCUUCAAACCUUACUGAACAUAAGAAAAUUCAUACUGCAGAGAAAUCUUAUAAAUGUGAAGAAUGUGGCAAAGCUUUUAACCAACACUCAAACCUAAUUAACCAUAGGAAAAUUUAUACUGGAGAGAAACCACACAAAUGUGAAGAAUGUGGAAAAGCUUUUAAUCGAUCCUCAACCCUUACUAGACAUAAGAAAAUUCAUACUGGAGAGAAACCCUACAAAUGUGAAGAAUGUGGCAGAGCUUUUAGCCAGUCUUCAAACCUUACUGAACAUAAGAAAAUUCAUACAGGAGAGAAACCCUACAAAUGUGAAGAAUGUGGCAAAGCUUUUAACCGAUUCUCAACCCUUACUAAACAUAAGAGAAUUCAUACUGGAGAAAAACCCUAUAAAUGUGAAGAAUGUGGAAAAGCCUUUAAUCAGUCCUAUCAACUUACUAGACAUAAGGUAAUUCAUACUAAAGAGAAACUCAACAAAUGUGAAGAAUUUGGUAAGCCCUUUAAACAGUCCUCACACCUUACUAUCCAUAAAAUUAUUCAUACUGGAGAGAAACCCUACAGAUGUGAAGAACAUGGCAAAGUUUUUAACCAGUCCUCACACCUUACUGCACAAAAGAUAAUUCAUACUGGAGAGAACCUCUACAAAUUUGAAGAACAUGGAAAAGCUUUUAACCUAUUCUCAAACAUUACUAACCAUAAGAUAAUUUAUACUGGAGAGAAACCCCACAAAUGUGAAGAAUGUGGAAAAGCUUAUAACCGAUUCUCAAACCUAACUAUACAUAAGAGAAUUCAUACGGGAGAGAAACCUUACCAAUGUGCAGAAUGUGGCAAAGCCUUUAACUGCUCCUCAACCCUUAAUAGACAUAAGAUAAUUCAUACUGGAGAGAAACCUUACAAAUGUAAAGAAUGUGGCAAAGCUUUUAACCUAUCCUCAACCCUUACUGCACAUAAGAAAAUUCAUACUGGAGAGAAACCCUAUAAAUGUGAAGAAUGUGGCAAAGCUUUUAACCAAUCCUCAAACCUUACUACACAUAAGAAAAUUCAUACUUCAGAGAAACCCUACAAAUGUGAAGAAUGUGGCAAAUCCUUUAACCAGUUCUCAUCUCUUAAUAUACAUAAGAUAAUUCAUACUGGAGAGAAACCCUACAAAUGUGGAGAUUAUGGCAAAGCUUUCAACCUAUCCUCAAAUCUUACUACACAUAAGAAAAUUCUUACUGGAGAGAAGCCCUACAAAUGUGAAGAAUGUGGCAAAACUUAAUUGAUCCUAAAAACUUACUACACACAAGAAAAUUCAUACUGGAGAAAAUCUCCACAAAUGUGAAGAAUGUAUUAAAGCCUUUAACAAGUCUUCAACCUUUUCUACACACAGAAGAUAUUUUAUACUGGUGAGAAAUCCUACAAAUGUAAAGAAUGUGGAAAAGCUUUUAACUAAUCUUCAAACCUUACUGAACGUGAGAAAAUUCGUACUAGAGAGAAUCCUGCAAAUGUGUAAAAUGUGGCAAAGCCUUUAACUGGUCCUCACUUUUACUAAACAUAAGGUAAUUCAUACUGGAGAGAAGCCAUACAAAUGAGAAGAAUGUGACAAUGCCUUUAAUCAGUCCUCACACCUUUCUACACUUAAGAAAAUUUAUACUGGAGAGGCACUCUAUAAUUGGGAAGAAUGUGGCAAAGCUUUUAACCAAUCCUCAUACCUUACCGUACAGAAAUUCAUACUGGAGAGAAAGUCUACAAUUGUGAAGAAUGUUGCAAAGCUUUUAACCUUCCUUAACCCUUACUGCAGAUAAGAAAAUUCAUACUAGGAAGAAACCCUACAAAUGUGAAGUCUGUGGCAAAGCUUUUAACUGAUUCUCAACUCUUAACUACAUGUAAGAGUAUUUAUACUGGAGAGAAAUCCUACAAAUGUAAAAAAUGUGGCAAUGCCUUAACUGGUCCUCACACCUUGCUACACAUAAGACAAUUUAUACUUUGAGAGAAACCCUGCAAAUGUGAAUAAUGUGGCAACACUUUAAACCAAUCCUCAAACCUCACUAAACAUAAUACUGAAAACUUUACAAACCUGAAUGAUGUGACAAUAAUUUUGACAACACCUCAAACUUCCUAACAUAAAUCAUACUGGUGAAAAAUCCUAGAAAUGUGAAAAAUGUCACAAAGCCUUUAAAUGGUUGUCACACUUGAUUGUAGGUAAGAUAAUCCAUAGUGAAGAAAACUCCCAGAAGUGUGAAGAAUGUGGUGACACUUUUAAUAAAUGCUCACCCCUUAUUGCACAGGAAAUCAUUUAUGCUUCUGAAAGAUUGUACAAAUACAAGGAAUGUGGAAAAGCCAUAAUUAUCUGCUCACAUUUUACUCAACAUUAGAGAGUACUUAAUAAAAACAUUACAAAUGCAAUUUUUGUCAAGAGAUCUUUCAGAAAAUAUAAGCCUUUAAAGUGAAGAAGAGGAGCCAGGUAUGCUGGCUCACAUCUGUAAUGCCAGCACUUUGGGAGGCCAAGGUGGGUGGAUCACGAGGGCAGGAGUUUGAGACCAGCCUGGCCAACAUAGCAAAACCCCAUCUCCAUUAAAAAUUUUACAAAAAUUAGCUGCAUAUGGUGGCACGCCCCUGUAAUCCCAGCUACUUGGGAGGCUGAAGCAGAAUUGCUCAAACCUGGGAGGCAAAGGUUGCAGUGAGCUGAAGUCACACCACUACACUCCAGCCAAGGCAACAAGAGCAAAAACUUCGUCUCAAAAACAAAACAAAAGUAUUCAUUAGUAUUCAUUUUGAAGACAAACGUUACAAAUACGAGAGGGUUUUAGUACCUUUACUUGUAUCACAGAUAUUGUUGUACCCAUUUUGUACUAGAGGAAAACCCUGAAGCAGUUGCUCAAACUUUGUUCACCAGAAAAUUUAUAUUGGAGAAAAACACUGUAAAUGUAAUGCAUUUGGAAAAACGUUUUUAAAAAACUACAGGUUAGAAAAUACCAGAGGCCUCAUACUAAAAUAUAUUUUUGCAAGUGCAGUAAAUAUAAAAAUAAUCCAAAAUUAAGUCUAUGUAAAUAUCAGAGAAUUCACAGUAGAAAUAUCUAAGGUAGUGACACUUCAGACAUUGCACUAAAUCAGAAUGCUGAGUAUAGAAAAUAAUUUAAAGCUAAAGUUGGUAAAUAAUUUGUAUAUAACUUUAAAAGUAGAAUUUUUUUGUAGAUGUAUUAUUACAUUCAAAUUAUAUUUUUUCUUGAAAAAUUAGUUUUUGAAAAGCAAAUGAUGUAAUUCAACUCUCAAAUUACUUCAUGCUCUUCAUUCCUAUUCACACAUGAAAGCAUGUGAUUAAUUUUUCAUGCAUCAAAGAUAUGAGAAAUCAUUUCUGUUAGGUGGGUAUUAUUUACGACACUUUCUAUGAAAGAAUAAGGACAUUAAAAUGUAAGAUGCGUGAUGAAAACCUGAGUGAAGAAGCUUUUUGUGUUUAACUUAUAAUACUGAGUGAUCCAUGAAGUAGGUGUUCAGAGCAAUAUUCUUCUGCAUUAUGGUAAAACAUUUUUAAUGUUAAAGUUAAUUAGUAGUACAUCAUUUUACUAACCACUUUUAUGUGAUAAAAUUGUGUGUGAAAAAUUUUUGGAUUAUGCAUGAACUUAGUUUUUUAAUUAAACUUCUUUUUUUUUUAACAUGUUAAAACUAUUGUGCAUUCAAUGAAGUGUUUUCAUGCCACUGACUUUACCUGUCCUGCAUUACUCAAGGGUUUAGGUAAAAGAGGGUAGCAAUAUACUACUUGAUAACAUAAUGGGCUAACAUCUCUAGUAAUUAUUUUUGCUAAUGGCUUUAAAUUACUAAUAAAGAAUAUUGUUCCCAUAGUUUAUAUUUUUAUUGUUUUUAAAAUUUAAACUUAUUUUUUUUGAUUUUUGUGGAUACAUAGUGUAUGUAUAUCUUUAUGCCAUGUAUGGCAUAUUUUGAUACAGGCAUAUAAUUUUAUGUAUUAAUCACUUCAGGGCAAAAGACGAUCAACUCCAGCAUUUCUCCUUUGUAUUACAAACCAAUUCUACACUUUCAGAUACUUUAGAAUGUACAAUUGUUACUGACUACAGAGUCAUUUUAUGGUUGUAAUAAAAUUACAUACAAGUAUAAAUAAAUCAUGAGGAAAUUCUGAGUUCUGAAUAAACAUUUAAAAAUGUUA